AUGGUGAAACCAAAAUGUGAUUCAUCUGGUUUGGCCGUAAAAACUGGAGGCAUUAAGUUUCAGAAAAGCAAAGGUCAACACAUUUUAAAAAAUCCUCUUGUAAUUAAUACAAUGAUUGAAAAGGCUGGAAUAAAGUCUACGGACUCCGUCUUAGAAAUCGGUUCUGGAACUGGCAACCUGACCAUUAAACUCUUGGAGAAGGGAAGAAAAGUCUACGCCUUUGAAAUAGAUCCGAGGAUGGUUUCAGAAUUACAAAAGCGUGUGCAAACCUCGCCAAACCGAUCCAAGCUAGAAAUUCUUGUUGGAGAUGCAGUCAAGGCAAGUUCAUGGCCGAAAUUUGAUCUAUGCGUAGCAAAUUUACCGUACCAGAUUUCCUCACCAUUUAUACAACGAUUGGUUCGUGCUGGUCGUAGUUUCAGAGCAGCAGUUGUUAUGGUGCAAAAGGAAUUUGCCGAUCGCCUAAUAGCUAAACCCGGGGAUAAAGUGUACUGUCGUCUGUCGGCAUUUUCUCAGUUCCAUUUCAAAAUUGAACAGUUAAUGAAAAUCAGCAGAAACAGUUUCCGUCCUCCACCACGUGUGGAUUCAGCUGUUGUCCGGAUUGAACCCAGACACCCAUUACCACCUGUGAUGCCUACAGAAUGGGACGGAUUAUUACGUCUUGUGUUUGCGCGUAAAAACAAGACCAUUGGUGCCAACUUUGCCGGUAAAUCAAUAGCUGCUCACUUACGCAAAGUAUACAUGGAGGCUUGCAGUGCUAAGGGAUUAAGUCCAAAUCCCGAAACCAUUAAUUGUGAAACAACUGGUAUCUCAGCAAUGGAAGAAAAGCUGAGUAACAUACUUCAAGAAUCCGGUUUCGACAAAAAGCGCGCCCGUACCCUGGAUGAAGAUGACCUCCUUAGACUACUGCUUGUAUUUAAAAGAGAAAAUAUAUUUUUUGGUUAG